AUGGCCGCGCAAGAGUACUAUAAUUCAGGCUAUAUUGGUGGCCAAAAGCCAGAUACCCCAUUAAGCGAUAAUAGCGGCAAUCGACCAUGGACCCCGCCAUCCUCGACGGUUACUCCAGGACCUGGGAUGUCCUACUCACCAGUCGUAGAAAAUCGUCCUUACAACUAUGGUGCCCCGCCUCCGCCAACAACCAGCUAUGAGCGUCCUCACAACGUAUACCCGUCUCAAACUUCAGAAGGCAUGGCUCUGGGAUUUUCCCCGCAGACAAAGCCACAACAGUACGACAAUGAGUAUAACAACUCUGGACCUCCACCUUACACCCAGCACUCCUAUGGCUCGCCACAGUCAUAUCCCCCAUACCCUACACAUGACACCUAUCCUGCGCACCCGCCCACUCAGCCGCCAUAUCCACAGGAUCGAAAAGAUGAAAGAGGCUUCAUGGGAGCGGUUGCUGGAGGUGCUGUAGGGGCCUACGCCGGUCAUCAAGUCCAUCAUGGCGUCUUGGGCACUAUCGGAGGAGCGAUCACUGGAUCUGUCGCCGAAGACGCAAUCAAGAAGCACAAGAAGAAGAAGAAGAAGGAAAAGAAGGAAGGCAAAUGGGGACAUGGUCGCCGGUCCUCAUCCUCAUCCUCGUCAUCGGACAGUGACAACGGUCGGGCUCAUCAUCAACAACAUCCUCCUGCGGCGGCUUCUCUCCGAGGCAACUUUUCCGCCUCGUCGACGGAGAUUAGCCUCGAGCACGAUUAUGAGCUGACAGCUAGAUGCCGUUCGAUCUCAGGGGAAAUGCAUCGGUCGAGUAUCUCUCUGAACUCGGUCCUCUCCAACCACUUCGGUUCUUUUGUAUGGGCACGUGGCGGUAAUUUUGGAGCGUCGGCGAGAAAUGUGCAUCUUGCUGAAGGCGGAAGAGUACUUGACGCUGAGCUGGCCGACGGAAACGGCCAUUGGAAGAGGGCAUGGGUGAGAUUGGAUGAGCGGAUCACGAACCAGAACGGACAUCUUGUAUUCCUGGAUUGA